AUGAAGGAUCGCACCAUUGACUAUUGUUGGUGGGUUGAUGUGAACCACUCCUCAGAUAUUGAAUAUGUUCUUCGGACAACAAUCAAUGGGCUCUACACAAGUGUUGGAACCAAGCCUCCUGCUGAACUCGAGAAAGCAGAUAGAAAUUCUCUUCAACAACACAUUCUUCAUUACUUAGAGGGAAAGAGUGCCUCUUCAAUUAUCGUGACUAGCCAUGAUAAAAAUAUAGGCAAUGGGUCUUUUCUUGGGGCAGCACCUCAUUAUGUUGAGGUGAAGCCAUUAGAAUUUGAUUUGGCAUGCAGCCUUUUCUGCAAAUUGGCUUUAGGUAGCCGCAGCUGGCCUAAUGAGCUUGAAGAACCCGGAAAAGCAUUGGUUAAUAAAUGUUCAGGUUUACCUGUUGCACUUCUUGCAAUGGCUCGGUUGAUGUCCACAAAAGGUGAUGAUCCUUCAAAAUGGAGGGACGCUCUCAAAAGCCUUGACUACUACUCACAAGAAUUUGAAUUUGAAUCAGGUGGCAGUCUAGCAUCUCUCAACAGAGCCCUAUUGUUGAGUUACAAUGAGCUCCCAACUCACCUCAAGUCAUGUUUUUUAUACUGUGCAAUGUUCCCCAAAACAUAUGGUGUUAGUGUCCAAAGGUUGAUCCGGAUGUGCAUUGCGGAGGGGUUUAUCAAGGAUGAUCCCCAUCCCCAUAGUGGCAGAACACUAGAGCAGAUAGCAAGGGAUUACUUCCUUCAGCUCAAAAAUAGAAGCUUGCUUCAGAUCCUUCCCAGUGAGUUCAAUGGUAAAGAGUUGGGAAGAAUCGAAAUGCACGACCUUUACCGCGAUGUGGCAUGUGAGGUGAUUAGAAGGGAAAUGUUUGCUGAAAUAAUCAAAUUGGAGAAAAGUACCAAACUUGAGUGGAAGCAAAGGCGUAGUUUGAUCAUCUUGGAAGAUCAGGAGCAAAAUGUUGAGCUUGACAAUUGCUACGAAAACAUGAAGAAGCUACGUACGCUCAUCAUCAACGACUGUAUAGGGAUCGCUCUGAAUUCAUUCCCUCAGAUGCUCCAAAACAUGAAGUUGCUCAGAGUUUUGGUGUUGGGAUGGUUACCUAAUGGUAUGAAGGAACUGCCCAAUGAGGUUGGAGAUCUAAUUCAUCUUAGGUACUUAGCUCUGUUCGGUUUUAAUAAGAUGACACAUCUUCCUGAUUCGCUGGGAAGAUUGCACAAUCUACAGACAUUGGAUUUAAGAGAAACUCUUGUAAAUAGUUUGCCUAAAUGUGUUUCAGAGCUUAAGGAGCUAAGACAUCUCCUUGGAAGUCAUAGAUUGCAAGUGCCUGAUAUUGUAUUCACAUUUUCUCAGCUUCAAACAUUAUCUGGCAUACUGAUUAAUAUCAUCCAAGCAAGAGAAUUAGUAAACAUCCCACAACUCACUAAGUUGAAUAUUAUUUUCAAGGAAGGCUAUGAAUGCUCGGGAGCAAUUUGUGAUUCUGUCAAAAAAUUGACAAAUCUUCACUUUUUAUCUAUUGCAAGUGAUGAAUUACAAGAAUUUAUAAAUUUAUCGCCACCCUUUUCUCUUGAGAAGCUCCAGCUCUUAGGGUUUGGAAAAUUGGUAAAUUUUAUUAGCACUCCUAACUAUCUUUGUGUAAUUUAUAUACGUAUGUGUGAUGUAGAUAAGGAUUUCUUCAAUAGUUUGGAGAAACUGCCAAGCCUGUUGGAACUCUUCAUUCAAAGUUAUAGUGGAGACCAGUUAGUAUGCAGUGAAGGGAGCUUUCCAAAACUCAGGAAGCUAGAGAGAGUGUGCAGGAAGCUUACCAAGUGGGAAAUAGGAAAAGGAGCUAUGACAUCUCUUGAGUCACUAUCUAUGGAUGAGUGCAAAUGUCUAGAAAUGCUUCCAGAAGGCUUGAGAGAAGUUGAGCAUUUGAAAAAAUUGCAUCUAGUCGGCCCAUCUCAACAGCUUGUUCAAAGAAUAAGUGUGGAAGGAUCAGAUCGAUGGAAGAUUGAACAUAUAUUAAGAGUUACUAUGCAACACAGUUAUGGUGAAAAGCCUUCUCUGAUCUAUUAA